AAAAAAAAACCCAAAAAUAAAAAAAUUAUGGUCUAAAAAUGAAAAUAAAUUUCACCAAAAAAAGAAAUGAAAAUAAACCAAACAAAAUAGUUUAUUCUUAAAAAAAGAAAAUUACAAACGUGAGUAGAUCUUCUUAACUCAGACACAAACCAAAAACGCUGCCACUGUGCCACCAGAAUUUCAUCCCCCCACCGCCGCCUCAGUCAACUCUGCUUCUUUCCGGCCGCCGGAUCCACAUGAUUAUUACAUAAUUUGCAUUUCUGGGCAGGAAUUGAAGCAGAAAAGAAGAUGAAGUUUUUGGGUUGGUACGCGAAGAUUGCUCUUCUCUCAGCCAUGGUCGGUGGUUCCAUGGAAUUGUUCAUGAUCAAAACUGGCUUCUGUAAGAAAAAAUCACUCCUUUUCCAACUAAUUUUUAAUGUUUCUGUUUAGGCCAAUUCCCCACUGAAUAGAUUAUAUAAUUUGAGAAUGUCGAUUGAUAGUGUAGUUUAGCUGCUCAAAAAGCUGGUCUUUUUGCUAGUAAUUCAAGAGAUUCUGAGAUCUUCUGGUUGUUUCAAUUUCCUGCCCUUUCAAAUAGCACUAAUACAGUUUUACUUAUGUUGGUAAUGAAUUUUGUGGAUGACUAAUAAAAACCAGACUGUAUGCAAAACUUUAAUGUUAAAAGCAAAGCCUUCUCAUUUGCUUCAUAAUGCACUGUUGUUUAUACUGCUCGUAAUAUAAUGUUAACGCUGAGCUAGAGGAUUAACUUUUAUUUUCGGGGAUUUUAGUUUUGCUUGGUUUCUUUAUGUGCUAAUGAGCUAGCCUUUAGUUUUUGUUUUCGAGCCAAUUCAUUGAAAUGGGUAAUUGUUGUUUCUUCUUGGCUGAUUUUAGUAUAGAAAUGGCCCGUUAAUGACCAACUCUACUGCAUAUAUUUUGUUGCAGAUGUCUGAUAUAUGAGUUGAUUGAUGCAUUGCCAUCAAGAGUUCUGAUUUCAUUUUCCUCCAAUAAUGUUGCAGAUGAUAAAGUGACUGUUUUGGAAUCGGAGAAAAGGGCUUGGGAGAAUACUGCAGAAGCUCAGGCUAUGAGGGAAGCUUUAAACCCUUGGAGGCAUAAAGAUGCAGAAACAAGAAAGAGUUCUUAGGUCCCAAUCUGACAAUUUUAGAGGUUUGCCAUGCACUAAAAUCUUCCCUUGGGAAAUGCUUGUAUAACCACUUGUUUAUUAGGAGAUAUUACGACUUCUCUCCCACUCUUGAAAGUGGGAAAAGAUGUUGCAGUGGCUUAGUCCUUGCCUUUGAGCUGCUAUUUGCACAAUGCCAGCACUAAAAUUUACCCAAAUCAUGUCUUUUAUUCACACCCUAUGGAAAUUCAACUAAGUGGAAUUGUAAUGACAUGGUUAAUAUUAUAUUAAUCAGAUUUUAUUUGUCUUUCUACAAGUUGGUCCUUUGGAUUAUGAAAUGGCUUUAUGUUUAUGUGACAUUGCAAUGACAACUUUUAAGGGAAAUAGUUCUUUAGAGUGGCUUUUCCCUUGUGUCAACUUAAAGCAGCUCCUUCAAUCUUAUCAAAUCUUGGCCUAAAUCUGAAACUGAUGAUAAACUGUGAAACUUCAUUGUCAAAAUUGGUUGAGCUUCAGAGUUAAGUGCAAUUUGAUAAUCUAUUCUGGAGCUUAUUGUCUAAAUGGAUAUUCAUAUCUAAAUUAUGGGAAAUAUCCAAUUUAUUAUGCCAGGGUGGAUACUAUGAAUCCUCAACUUCUUGUGUCUGAUCAAGUUAGGUAAACUGAUAAACCCUACAGUUAAACCUUUAAUAAGUGGACAUUCUUUUGCUUUAUGAUGAUGAUGUGCUCAGCAUGACUUGAGAUUUCUGCUAAUCUGAUGUGGUAAAUUGGUCGGUAGAACCCAGGUUUUAUAGUGGCGCACCAAAAACAAGAUUUUACAAACCACUGAAAAAUCUUGAAAGUGUGGCCAUACUCUUGGAAGCCCUCCAAAUCAAAACCAAGCCAAGUGUGUUGGUCGAAUUUCCCAGAUGAAACUAGCCAAAAGUCUGAACCCAAAAUUGAGUAAACUGUUGACUUAAUCAUUACCACUCAAAAGGGCCAUUAAGAAUGUCAUGAAAGAAAGAUAAACAUCUCACUAAUCACAGACAUCAUAGUACUAAUUCUGCUUGUUACCUUGAACUGUUCAUCAUCAAUCAUAAAUAUAAAUAGCUAAAGAGCACCCCCAAAAAUUUUAGGAAUAUCGGGCUGUUACGGGUGCCACUUAAGGGGAAUGGAUUUCUGGGGUCUCAAUGAUAGGCACUGUUUUUGUGUUCUCUUUGAAGCCAGUGGAGAUUCUGAUGGUCAUUCCAAUUCCCUUGAAGAUUCAGAAAGCCUAAUGUGGCUAAACACUCACGGAGGUGCCCUUCCUAUCGCUAAUGCUCAAGAUGAUGAUGCAGAGUCAUCUAGUUGUGAUGAUUAUGGUUACAUGCUGAUGACGGAUUCUCACAUGUCUAAUGAGUUCAAAUAUCAGUCUUUUGGUACAAAUUCAGAGGAUGAUGAUGUCGAAGAUGGAGCUAUUUCAUCAGGGAUGUUGGUUGAAGGAUCAAGUAUGAGAAACAACAGAGAAGUGGAUGAAGCAGAUCACAUUGGAGACAUGCUUUUCUGGAUGAUGUGUUUGGAGGGUGGAUAUCCAUACUAGUUACUUCUACUUGUGGAUUGUUGUUCAUUUACAAUAAAGAUCCAUGCUUGUUUAAGAUUAUUGAUCUCAAAGGACACAUGAAGUAGCAAAUAAACAUUUUUUUUUUUUUUUUGCUUUGGCCUUUUAGUAGUGUUAUUAAGACAAAUAAGAUGAAAAACCUUAGCAUACAUAGUACCGCAAGAAGAAAAAGUAAUAGAUCAAAUGUCAGUUAUCGUGCUAGGUCAUGCUAAGCAUAGUUAACUAAGUCGACACGGCUAUGGUUUGAGCUAAUGCUAUUGAAGUGUCAACAUCAUCUUUGACAUUUGUGUAGUCUUUGCUGUAAUUAAAUCGUGUAUAACUAGUUUAAUUUUCAUUUCUUUUGGAGGGUUUGACUUUGGUUUAAAUCAAUCAUGUAGCUGUCUGAACCUGGUAUAAUUUUAAUGGAAGUUCUCGGUUUCAUUUGAUUCCAAUUAUGUACCGUUUUCUGUACCGUUUAAAAAAUAAAAUAAAAUUGGAUGGCUUCGAACCUUCGAUCUUUCGGU